AUGUCUUGCAACGUCGUUUACUACGAAAAUAAAAAGGUCAAUAUCGAAUGGAAACAUCACGUUUUAAAAGUUUUUGACUGUGGAAAUAAUAAUUUGAUAUUGACACUACAAAACUACCUAAUUCUUUUCAAAAGAGAUAAUAAUUCUAAUAUUAUAAAGUUGCGAGAGAAUGUUGUUGAUGCGUCAUAUAGCUAUCCUCUAUUCUACAUUGUUGACAAUGAUGGAAAAGUUUAUAAGACAAAUAUUGAACAAAUUAAUGAUCGUAGAUGGGAUAUUAUAGAAGUAGAGCAUAAAAUUACACAGAUUUCUGGCAAUGGAGAUGGAUUGUUGAUGAUUACUGAUGAGCAUGAAAUGAUUGGAAUGGGAAAUUUUGAAAAUGUUUUAUGCAGUGACGAGCCAAAGAAAAUUGAAUGCUUUUCAAGCAUCAAAGCUUUACAAGUCGCCACAGGUGAUAAUUUUGCGCUUGUUCUCGUCAUACCUCAACGUCCACAAAAUGACGAUGGUGCCAAUCAAAAGGACUUUUUGCAAAAAGUGAGAUUUGAUGGACGAGAUUUACUGAAAACUCAAGUUUGGAGUUUUGGAUCUAUUAAUAAAGGACUUUUAGGUUCUGGUGAUCACAUUAAACGUAAGGAUUGUGCUGUGAUAAUUAAACUCGUAGAUAUUGGUGUCUAUAAGAUACAUUGUGGUAGUCAUCAUGCAGCUGCGCUGACAUUAGAUGGAAAAUUAUUUCUAUGGGGAUUCAAUAAUCAUCAGCAAAUAUCAAUAGACACAUCUAUUCAAGACAUAAGCUCACCAAUGGAAUUUAGAAGUGAAAUGAAUGGCAAAGUGUCAAAAAAUAUUCUAGCUGUAACAACAUCAACUUCAAAUACUAUAAUCCUUUUCAAUGAUCUCUCAUUCAAAAUUCUUGGAAAAAACGGAAAUUCCAUAGAUGAUAACGAGGAGUUUGCUAGUGAUUUGAAGUAUGAAUAUGAUGCAGGGAAUAUUGAAGAUAAUGAAGGAAUUUAUAGUGUACCAUAUAUAAUCAGUCACAAUAAGAUUCUACUAGUCAAUCACAAAAAUAUAUCAAUGUUCCUUUUAACUUAUUUAAACGAGGAACAGAAAAAUGUCCGUGCUAUGAUUAAUGUCUACCAGAAGUUUAUGAAAGAUAUUAGAAAUAUCGAUGACGAUACAAGAAAAUUGGUUGAAUUUUUCGAAAACAUUUUAUACAUAUCCAUUGCAAAUCUUCGCAUGACUAUUGACCUUCUACAAAGUGAUUGUGAGCAGAAUCUAGAAAAAACUAUAUUUAAUGCUCACUUUACUAAUGUUAUGCGUGAAUAUCAACGCUAUUUAAACCAACUCUGUGAUAUAAUCUCCUACUACUCAAUUAGUCAUUAUGAGAAGCGUGUAGAUCGAAAGAUUGUGAAAAUAGUCUUGGAAAAGCCAUUUGUAUGUAUUGAGGUUUAUGAGAAACUACUUGAUUUAAUUUAUGAUAUACAUCUGUAUAACAAUAAUCCAAAUAUUUCAAUUCACGAUCAAGAAAUUGAAGAACUAAAGCGCCAAACUGUCGAAAGGAAAAAGAUAAUUGAAGAUUUUAGAAAAGUAAUUGUUCCACAAAAGCUUCAAAAAGCACAAGACACUUUCACAUUUUGGCAAUCAUUGAAUGAUUCAACUAUUAAGCAUGAACUACAUCACCAAGAAAGAAGAUUUGUUAUGGACUCACUAGUUGUUCCGUUAAAACUUCACGAUCGAUCAACAAUUUUCGGAAAACAAAGAUUUAUUCUUUUUAAUGACUACCUUGCUUAUUCCUUAACACGCACUGAAUUCAUUCCAAUAAAUUUAGUAUGGCUGCAUGCCUUCAGUACAUCAAGUUCAAAUAAAUUCUCAUUUAAAAUUAUUACACCAGAAAAUGUCAUGAAAGUUUAUACGCUUACGUCUCAGGAUAAGACAGAUUGGCAAAAAAAUAUUCGUGAUUGUAUAUGGCAAUCAUUAAGAAAGAACUCAAAUACUGUUAAUCAAUCACUUCCAAUAACUCGUUAUGGUUGUUAUAAAUUUACUGAACGAAAUGCAAAAUUUCCUAACUACGAAGUUGAUGGAAAGUGGUUUGAAGGUAAAUUUACAGAUCUAUGUCAUAUUAAAAAUCCAGCAAUUAAUCGAUUGUAUAGAUGUCGUAUAACGAAUAUUAUUGGUGAUCUUAGUGGACAUGGAAUUAUUGAGGAUUCUACAUUUAAAUAUCAUGGAGAGUUUUUGAAUGGAAAAUUAUGUGGAUUUGGAACUUGGAAGUCUAAGCUUAAACCAAUUUUUCAUCAGGGGUUUUUAAGGAACGACAAAUUUCAUGGAUACGGUGUUUUAUCCCAUGAAGACGUUACUUAUUAUGGAGAAUUUAAUAAUAACGUAAAAAGUGGUUACGGAAUUGAAGAUGAUUCAAUAAGUGGCAACAAAUAUAUUGGAAUGUGGCAAGAUGGAAAAAGACAUGGGCCUGGAAUUUUAAUUACAAUGGAUGGAUCUUAUUUCGAGGGAUUGUUUGUUAAUAACCAAUUAUCAGGGGAUGGUCUCGUGAUUUUUCCAAAUGGGUCCUAUUAUAUUGGAGAACUUACAAUUGAUGGAGCAAAUGGUAUUGGUCAAUUACAUAUUCCCGAGACAGAAAUAAUUGAAGAAAUUAUGGAAUUAGAUGAUAGUAGUAUGAAAAUGAAAGGAAAUGUUUUAAAAGGAACUCUCUCUGGCACUUGGGAUAGAUUUCAAAUUUCUAACGGAACUAUGUCGAUGAAUGAAAUAUUUCUGAGAACACCAAACUCAUCAAAUUACCUAAUGAUAAAAUCUGAUCGUAAAUGGUCCACAUUUUUCACUAGUUGGUGCGAGGAAGUUUUUGGAACAGCUUGGCCUGAGAAAUUAAUUUUACAAGAUCGAUGGUAUCGAAUAUCGUCAUUUAUAGUGAGAAGAAAAAGUUUUGAGAAUGACAUGAAAACAAACUUUAUGCUUGUAACUGAAGAUACAAAUGAGAAUGAAUAUAAUGAUAUGCAAUUUAUGGUUCCAUCAGAACAAAAUCAAGUGUCUAUUCCUUCAAUUUCUCGAUCAAAUUCAGAGUUAUAUAUCAAAGCAGCUUCAUCUGAUGACUUUGAAACUAGUUCAUUAAGGACUCUUAGUGACUACUCAAUUAGUUCAAUUGCUGCACCAAAAAAGUCAAGGAUAUCUGCAAGUGAUUUCGAUUUUGUUCCAUCAUUUUACAAUAGCUCAUUUACAACAUCAGAAUCGAUUGAGGAGUUAAAAGGAUAUUUAAAUGCAAGCAUUGAUGAUAUUCAUCACCCAUUUUACCUUCUUGUAAAUGAACUGAGAAAAGUUUUUAGUGCAUGCUAUGGAAAUUGGAGGAGUAAACCAAUAUCAAUUUUAUCAAAAAUAGCAACAAGUGAAUGGAUUUCGUUAAUGAAGAAGAUUUAUAGCAUAUUUCGACUCUUAUUUGUACAUCUUCCACCUUGUGAAACAACAGAUAAUGAUAACAAUGGUGAAAAUGUUUACGAUGGAGAUUGCAAGCUUUUAGCACCUUUAAAUUUUAUGCACGAACUUUUGCUCAAUGAUGAAAUUUAUUCCUGCUUCUUUUUACUGUAUGCAAGUAAGAAUUCUAGACAAGAUGAGCUUUAUGCCCAUCGUAUAAUUACAUGCGAGAAAAAAAGUAACGAAGAAUUGCGUCAAUUAUUAAAAAUAGAACCAAAUUUGAUUCCAUUGCUGGAAGAUGAGCAAUUUUAUCAAGCGAUUGAGUGCUUUAAGAAACUCAAUCAAAAGUUUGGUCCAUCAGAAAUGCUGAAAAUUAUCAAGGAUACAUUUGAAAUUAUCAACAAUUGCUCGAACAAACUAUCGAACAUCGGAUUUAUGCUUUCAGCUGAUCAUCUGCUAUCAAUAACAAUUUAUUUGAUCGUUAAAGCAUCCAUUAAUCAUCUCGGAGCUGAAUUAUCAUUAUUAACAGAUUUAAUGGAAAAUGAUAUAGAGAAACUGAUUAAUAUGGAGCAAUAUAUUUACACAACUGUUAAAAUUGGAUAUUUACACACGAUUUCAACAAGAUUCUUCAACAACUAA